AGCAGGAAGUAGCAGCAACAACAACAACAGCAGCCGCCGCCGCGGUGACAGCAGAUUUGACUGCUCGCUGCUGUGAACGACGCUGUCGAGAAGUGGGAGAAUAACGCAGAAUAACACCCGUAAAAGGAGGAGAGACACAUGCGGAGGCUCUGAGGUCACUGCAGCCAUAAUGAGUCGUAGUCGGAACCCUCCACAAAAAGGCCAAGGAGCCGCCCGGGCCAAACAGAUGGGAUUGCUCCUCGAUCUGUCUCCAGAUGGUGGCCUGGAUGACUCUGGGGGAAAUGAGGAGGAGUUAGAGGCGGAGCUUCUUGCUUUGAUAGGCGGAGGAGGCGGCCCACCUGGAAAGAAAGGAGGUGGCAAAGCUCCGGUGCCCAUGGAGGACAUUGAGCGCAUGGCCUCUCUGUGUAUGAAGGACCUGGACGAGGAUGGAGAUGAAGACGGAGACCUGGAGAAUGAUGCUGAUCUGCUGGCCGAGCUGAAUGAAGUAUUGGAGGAUGAUGAAGAGGACGUUAUCACUAAAAAAGUGCCUCCUCCCGUCCCUACUCAGCACUCUAAUGUACCACCCAAAUCCACCCCCACUACCCCAAGUGGUCCGGCUGGGCUGGAGUCCCGCCUGCAGGAACGCCUUGAAAUGUACCAGACAGCCAUUACUAAUGCCAGAGCAGCAGGGGAGACCAGCAAAGUUCGUAGAUAUGAUCGAGGACUAAAGACACUACAGUCGAUGCUGACUUCUGUGAAAAAGGGAAAACCUAUCAAUGAGGAGGAAAUCCCACCCCCUGUUGCCACUGGCGGCAAGCCCACGCCCGGGUCACAGACGGAACCAGUCAGAGAACAAGAACAGCCAGCCCCAGAAUACACACCACCGCUGCCAAACAAUCAGAAGCCACAGCAGGAAACAAGACCAGUAGCCCCACCCAAACCUCAGCUCCUACAGCCACCCAAUCAGAAACCAGUGGCUAGAACACCAGAUACACCAGCUAUAUCACCUUUAACCCCCAGCCAACCGAACGCCCAGCAUUCAGAGCUGAAGGCGAGUGUACUGAGCAGACAGAGAGAGUAUAAACUGGCCGCUAUUCAGGCCAAACAGAGCGGAGACACAGAACUGGCCAAACAGCACUACCUCAUUGCCAAGAAACUGGACUCGGUGGUGGAGGCAGUUGACAGAGGGGAGCCGAUAGACACCACUUCAUUACCUCCCCCUCCUGGAGAUGUCAUAGUUGAGAGAUCUCUUCCUCCACCACCUCUUCUGGUGUCAUCCACUAAACCAGCCGCUGCUCCUCCACCCUCUGAUUCUCCAGCUGCUAAUGCCCCUCUUCCUGCUCCCCGUAACCUUGGCGAGGCCCUGCAGCAGCGCAUGGACAUAUACAAGAACGCAUCCGAGACGGCCAAGAGCAAAGGAGAUGACCGCAAAGCACGCAUGCACCAGCGCAUCGUCAAGCAAUACCAAGAUGCCAUCAGAGCUCACAAGGCCGGACGCCCUGUCAAUCUGGCAGAACUCCCUGUUCCACCAGGCUGUCCUCCUCUGCAGGGUUCUGAAAGCGGCGAGCAAAACUUUAUGGGCGUCCUGGAAACGGCUGUGAAACUGGCCAAUCAGGACGCGGACGCAGAGGAUGAGGAUGAAGAUGAGGGAGUGGCGAAGCCGGCUGCGCGUCCAGCCGUUCAGAAAGCUCGAGCUCCAGCCCCCCCACAGUCUUCCUCACCUGCAGUGACCCCUACAGCCUCAACUGGCGCUCUUAAACUGGGACCCAAAGCCCAGCAGCAGCUGGACUUCCUGCAGAGCCGGCGGCAGCAGUUUGUAAAGGCAGCUCUGCGCUCCAAACAGAUGAAGGACGUUCAGGGAGCUGCUCAGCAUCUCCGCAACGCAAAGGGCCUGGACCAAAUGAUCACUGCCGCUAAAGCAGGCCUGCCAGUGGACAUCAGCAAGGUGCCCGCUGCCCCGGUCAGUGAGGAGGACUACGCUCUCUCUCGUUCUCGCUCCUCUCCUCUUUCUCCUCGCUCGGCCCAGCAGUACGCUCAGCUCAUGGAUCUCCUCAAACAGCAGCACGAGAAAUGUCUGGGCUUCUCUCAGCAGUUCACUCAUAUGGGGAACGUGGCUGAGACUACAAGGUUUGAGAAGCUGGCGGAAGAGUGUAUGAGUAACAUUGAUACGCUGAAGAAAGCCCACGCUAAAGGCCUUCCAGUACCGAGCUACCACACGGAGGAACGCACCUUCAGUUCAGUCAAGAUCUUCCCCAACCUGACUGCUAACGACAUGGUGCUGACAAUCGUCAAAGGAAUCAAUCUGCCGACGCCUCCAGGAGUUUCAGCUAAUGAUUUAGAUGCCAGCGUCCGCUUUGAGUUUCCCUUCCCCAGCGCGGAAGAAGCUCAGAGAGACAAAACCAGCACUAUGAAAAACACCAACUGCCCAGAGUUUAAGGAGCAGUUUAAGCUGAACAUUAACAGAACUCAUCGAGGUUUUAAGAGAGUGGUGCAGACCAAAGGAAUCAAGUUUGAGGUCAUACAUAAAGGUGGUCUGUUUAAGACAGAUAAAGUGGUGGGAAACGCUCAGCUGAAACUGGAAGCGCUAGAGAAUCAGUGUGAGAUCAGAGAGAUUAUAGAGGUGCUGGAUGGGCGGAAGGCGACGGGCGGUAAGCUAGAAGUUCGCGUGAGGAUUCGGGAGCCGCUGGGCGGAGUUCAGCUCCAGUCAGUGACGGAGAAAUGGAUCGUCCUUGACCCCCUCACCAUCACACCGGACAAAGAGAGACACCGAGAGAAAGAAAGAGAGAGAAAUAGGGCUCCUUCACCUAAAUCCAAACCCCGAAACGACCACGGAAAGAGCAGUCAACCCAGUCACUCCCCUCCUCAGUACAGACUCCACAGUUUCAGCCUCCUCAACUACGACAAAGAGAGAUUUCAGAGAAAGAUUGCAGAAUAUAAUAAAAAUAAACGUGAACCACCACCAGAUCUGAUAAACCAGUAUAAGGAGGUGUGUCACAGACUGCAGUGGCAGAAAUCCUACCUGGAGAGAGGAUCAUCAGCAGCCCUCGCAGAGUAUGACAGUGUGUUGAGGAAGUUUGCUAAUGGUCUCAGGGACUCAGUGAAGAAGUUUUCUGAUGAAGGCAACAGAGAUGCAGCCAAAGAUGCUCUGGGCAGGCUCAAAAUGGUAGAGGCUGAGAUGGAAUCUCUCCGAAAAAGGCGUACUGUGUGAGCAUUUAUGGAAGAUGAAAUUGCACUGUGGGCUCAAAAACUGUUCUCACAUACACACAUGCACAUUUAUACACAGUCAAAAACAAGCUGCCUUCGUCUGUGGAUCAUAUUCAUGAGCCCCUAAUCAUUAGGGUCAGACAUAUUAUUGCAUCAUAAUGGAUGGUUCGCCUGUAAUGUCAUAAUGGGUUUCAUCACUGUCAUAAGAAAACCUUGUAAGUCGUUAAUCAUUAUGCUCAGAAAUAUCAUUACGUCAUAAUGGAUAGUUCCCCUGUGAUGUCAUAACGGAUGAUUCCCCUUGUGAUGUCAUAAUGGAUGAUUCCUCUUGUGAUAUCAUAAUGGAUGAUUCCCCUUGUGAUGUCAUAAUGGAUUUCAUCACUGUAUUAAGAACAUUUCAUUUCUAUUGUACCUAUUUUUUUACACCAUUUUGAAAACACCAGCUUCCCAUUUUAGUGCAUGAACAUUUCAUCAUGGGCCGACAGAAAAUUGGAUAAGUAAACGUUUCGAAUGUUUUUAUUACGUUACGUUAAAAAGUGUUGUUUCCUCUCCUGUAAAGUGACCAUUGCAGAGAGAAGGAGAUUUUCUAAUGACAGUGACAGAGUGAUUGUAUGAUCCUAGAUCAGCUGUUGAUCUCCGAGAGGUUUCAUACACACAGGCAUUGUUUGAGACAUGAUACUCUGAGGUCAUAUAUGAAUGUACGAGCACAUUUACUAAACACUACAGUCCUGCAGAAGACACUCCAUUAGUGCUGCUUCUCUCUCUCUCUCUCUCUGUCUCUCUUUCUCUCUCCAUCCCCAGUGCCACAGUUUGUAAUCAUAUCACCGCUGUCGAAAGAAAACCUUGUAUCUCCAUUUUUGUCGUUUUUCAGUUUUUGACAUAAUUUGAAAAUACAUACAAAAUUACUUGGAAUAACGUCUGGUUCCAUUGACUUGCAUUAAAAGUAGAGCAUGUUUUUUCCUUCUCCUGUAAAGUUACCAUUUUGGAGAUAGGAGGUUUUGUUCCGACAGCAGCGAUAUACUUGUGUGUGUGUGUGUGUGUGUGUGUGUGUGUGUGUGUGUGAGAGUUAGACGUCUGCACAGACAUGAAAUUGAAGCCCAAACUCGACCCGAAUCUGGGACUUUGAGACCCGAAACCAGCAACCUACGCUUGUCUCGUGUCUCCUGAGUUUUUAAAUGUAAGGCUGAUGAUGGUAAAGUAGCAGAAAAUCAGAAAAAAUAACUUUUCUUUCAGGAUUAUUUUGCCUCUCCGCCAUGAAAGAAUUUUUAAAAAUGUUUUAGGUCAAAAAAUCUCAGAACUCUUGUAAAACAAAGUCUCAGACGUCUAUUCAACACCACUGAGCCAUUCUGACUAGAAUUUCACAUCAGACCACUUUGAAUGACUUUGUUUACAUCUUAGCCUUAUAAUUAUGCAGAAAUAUUAAAAAUAGCAGUCUUCUUUAAUGAGGAAAUGAAAGAUCCACUGUGAUCCACUGUGAUCUUUCCACUAACACAACACAACCCCCUCAUCCAUCCUGGAGAGACUGAGACUGAUAUACGUCAUCCACAGUUUCUACCAGUGGCACAUUCACCCUCUUCUCAGACUUCAGAGCUGCUCUGAACACAGAUAUAGAUUAUGAUAUUAUGUGGAAAGUAAAGAACAAUUCUACUACAUAAAAUAAGACUAUACAAUAAACCCGAGUCUGAUUGUACAUGAAAUAUCUCAGUAUUUUGGGUUGGGUAGCCGGCCUGUGUGUGUGUAAGUGGUGUAAAUCCUCCGAGAGAGUCGUUUGUAUAAUAGCAGUUUAAGUGUAAUCUGGCCUCUGCAGUAGUCUCACUCACUGCAGCUUAAUCCAACCUCGCACGCCCGCACUGCUGUGAUAGGGGACUAAUGCGAACACCCUGGGGUGAAAUUAAAGAGGCUGUGCAUGUGUUUUGAGGGAGGCAAAAAAGGGGGGAGGGGGAUCAAGUCCUUUAAUAAUCAGGGAUUAACCCCCCGUCUGGUUGCCCGGGUGACCUUUGGUUGACGGGGGGUGUUGUAGGGGUCUGUGGAGGGAGAGAAUAGGGGGCUUCAAGAGGGUAGAAAAACAGAUGGGUAGAAUCUUAAAGAGAGCUUAAACUCUUUGUUUGAUAUGCUGAGCGAGAGAGGUAGAGAUAGAGUGAGUGAGUGAAUGAGAGAGAGAGUUUGCGUAUUCAUCUUGUACUUUGCUCUUACUGACCGUAACAGUCCAGCAGCAGGACUUUUAACCCGUUACACUGCAGGCUUAUUGUGCAGUUAUUAAUUAUGAGGCUUAUUGCUCAGUAACUGCUAUAAAUGCUGUCCAGGCUCCGCCCACAAACGCGCUCUUUGGAAGCUGUUGGGUCGAGCAGGCUUUACAGAAAUCCCAUUCAGCCCAGUGAGAAACUGUAGCACACAAUUAGUGGUCUGCACGGGCAUUAAGGGGUCUGUUCAGCUGUGUGCAAAAGUUUUGGCACCCCGGUCAAAUUCCAUGUUUUUGUUGAUCCUGUGCAAAUUAGUUACCACAUCAUCUUCUGUGAACACAAUGCUGCACAUUGUAAGGCACAGUUACAGUUUGUUUGCUGAUGUUAACACAUUGGCAGAAAAAGACUUUGUGGCCUGUGCAAAAGUUACGGCACUUUUUAGAUUUUCACUUUUCUCCAGUGUUUUAAACUCAGCAAAUAAACAGAAACUGUGCUAAAAUGUUUGCAGGAAAAUGCCAUAUUUAAGCGUGUUCUCCGUAGAGGAUGUGUUAUCUUGUUUUAACUAAGAAAAUCAACAAAACCUGUCAUUUGACCGCGAUUUUGCGCACAACUGUAUCGUAGAAAAGAUUUUCUUCGCCUUUUUGACGAAAAGAAUUUGAUGUAGUAUGUAAACAUUGUGAUAGUUUGGCGACGCACCAGUCCACACGAUGCAUAUAUGGAAACAAGGCUGCGAAACAGCCUGUUCUGAGUGGACUGUUUUUAUGAUGUCACCAAAAAAAAACAUCGCAUUUGAAUAUAUCUACCUGUUCAGCCUACAGCAGUUUAGCCCCGCCCAUUCACACUGAAGUUGUAAGGAGUGUUUAUUCUUUCAUUAAAAAGAAUCUGCAUAAAUAAUCGAUCGUUAGAAAACAUACGAGGCCGAUGUUCAUAUGUUAAAAAUCAUCCAGAACCUGAGCUCACCUUACUCCUACCUGCAUUUACAGUGUCUUAUUAAUUUCAGAUGAUUUUAGUUUUGUUUGCAUGUAAAAGGUCACAUUGUUAGCAUAGCUCUGAUCUGGCUUCAUGCUAAAAACCACGCACUUUGUGGUGUAUUUGCGCUAACGUUAGUACGGCGACCAGCCUUUUCCAUUUCCAACCUGGAACCUAGUUAGCUGAUGAGAUGAUUAGCAAGAACGACACAGGCUAGCUUCGUAGCAUAGCAUUUUAAACUUGACACUCAGUGUUGUGUAGCGACUCCAAACAAACGUAGCGAUUCGGCUGAGCUGAGUUUCGGUUUCUGAUUAGGUUGGAUUGCCAACUUUCUGUAAAGCGUCCAACAACAGUGGCUACGAAAGAGCGCAUUUGUGGGUGAAGCACAGUUAGUUCAGUUACUCAGUAACUACUAGCAUGUGUGUUUUGUACUUCUGAGAGUGAAGAAUUGAAGUUUCUUAUCGCAAAUGGACUCUUAUUGUUUAAGGGGCUAACUGUGUCAUUAGCAAAGCCCUCUAAGCUGGGCUAAUAAAACUUCCCAGAGUGAAACAGCGUAAAACUAAAGCCAUAAUAGAUCUUAGCAUGGCGCUGUUUGGAACAGUGGUGUGAUGUGCAUGUUCCCAUCCCAGGAGAGCUCAGCCAUACACGCUAACGUUGCUGGCAUUGUAUGUAAGUCAGUAUUUGCCGGUUAGCAUGGUGUUACUUUCGCCGUGCUAAUUUGUGCUGAGUCACUUUCAUGCAUUGUUGUAGCAAGGUUAGCAUUGCUUAAACGAAAAGUCAACCUUGUCCAAUUGUAGAAGAGCUUUGGAAAGUUCCCACUUGGGAAAGAUAUCAGACUCAGAAGUCCUACUUUGUGAAAUAAAGUCCUCCUAAGUUUGUUUUGAGGUGUUGGAAGGUGGACUGGUGUGGGUUGGAAAGUAUUUUACCUAUAAAAUAAUGUAUUUGGUGAAGUUAUAGAUCAUAAAAUGCAAAGAAAAUCGGUGCAGGUUGUGUGAACGAUGCAUCGAAAUGGCACUUAUUUAUGGUUCAGAGUUUAUUUGUGGGUCUGAGUUGCUCUAAAACUAAUUACCACGACUGUGUCUUCUUGUUUUCUUGAGACAAUCGCAGAACACAUCUCCCCUCUUUCUCACCCUCACCAAGCUCAAAUGAAUUACAUGACAUAUUACAUCAUUUUGGGAUUAUAACAUUUUUUAUUUCCUUUUUUUAAAACAUAUUUUUUCCAUUACGGUUAUGGCCAUCUUUGCAAAUGUAUGUAUUAAUGUAUGUAAUGUAUUUUUGAAAGCAACCCUAAUCUUGUAUGUAUCUGUGGUGAUGGCUAUGAUGUCUAUUGUUAAUAUUUACUGCAGAAUGCACUGUUAUUUUGGGCAAAUGACUUAUGAUGACUCCAUUAAAAUGCAGAAGUCAGCAGUU